GUUGUGAAAGAAGAAAUCUCUGAUGACAAUGCAAAGCUGCCUUGCUUCAACGGGAGGGUUGUAUCUUGGUUGGUAUCUGCUGAAGGCUCACAGCCAGAACCAGCACCUCACCCAGUUAGCAGUAUGCCAGACGUGCCUCCUCCAAUCGAACGAACAGGUGGAAUUGGAGACUCCAGACCUCCCUCCUUCCAUGCAAAUGUGACUGGGAGUCGGGAGAAUUUGGAUAACGAGACCGAGACAGAAUCAGUGGUGUUGUCCCGGAGAGAGAAACCGCGACGGAGAGAGAGUAUGGAGCAUGGUCCCAGAGUUAAUGGACACCCAAAAAUGGAGCGACAUCUUGCUGGUUACGAGAGCUCGUCCACACUCCUAAGCAGUGAGCUCGAAACAACAAGUUUCUGUGACUCUGACGAGGAUGAUGCAGCUAGCAGAUUCAGCAGCUCCACAGAGCAGAGCACCAACUCCCGGAUUCUGAAGCGUCACCGGCGCAGACGGAAACAGAGGCCCCCGCGACUCGAACGUGCUUCCUCAUUCAGCAGCGUCACUGACUCGACAAUGUCCCUGAACAUCAUUACAGUCACAUUGAACAUGGAGAAGUACAACUUCCUGGGCAUCAGUAUCGUCGGCCAGAGUAAUGAGCGAGGGGACGGAGGGAUCUACAUUGGCUCAAUAAUGAAGGGUGGAGCAGUGGCUGCAGAUGGGAGGAUCGAACCUGGUGACAUGCUGUUACAGGUGAAUGACAUCAACUUUGAGAACAUGAGCAAUGACGAUGCUGUGCGGGUCCUGAGAGAGAUCGUUCACAAGCCCGGGCCAAUCAUUCUAACAGUUGCCAAAUGCUGGGACCCAUCACCUCAAGGCUACUUCACUUUGCCCAGAAAUGAGCCAGUCAGACCUAUUGAUCCCGCUGCCUGGGUGUCUCAUUCUGUUGCGUUGACUGGUGCGUAUCCAGCUUAUGGUGCCAGCUCAUCCAUGAGCACUAUCACCUCGAGCAGCUCCAUUACCGAAACCGAACGUUUUGAUGACUUUAACCUAUCAAUCCACACGGAUAUGAUGUCUGUUGCUAAGGCAAUGGCUUCCCCAGAAUCUGGCCUUGAGGUUCGAGACAGGAUGUGGUUGAAGAUUACAAUCCCCAAUGCAUUCUUAGGCUCUGACGUUGUGGAUUGGCUGUACCACCACAUCGAGGGCUUCCAGGACCGCAGGGAGGCGAGGAAGUAUGCGAGUAACCUGCUGAAAGCCGGCUUCAUCCGUCACACAGUCAACAAGAUCACCUUUUCUGAGCAGUGUUACUACAUCUUCGGGGAUUUCAGUGGUUGUGAAAAUUACUUGGCCAAUCUCUCCCUGAAUGACAAUGAUGGUUCAAGUGGGGCCUCGGACCAGGACACGUUGGCCCCCCUGCCUCACCCGGGCACCACCCCGUGGCCAAUAAUGCAUUCCUUCCAAUAUCCCUACCCACCUCCACACCCUUACUCCACACAGCCACCCAGUUACCAUGAGCUAACUACCUACAGCUAUGGGGGAGGAGGAAGUGCCGGCAGCCAACACAGUGAAGGAAGCCGGAGCAGUGGGUCCAACCGCAGCGAGAGUGAGAGGCGCACGGGCAAAGACAAGGACAGUAAAACGGUGGAUUCCAAGUCCGGCAGUGGCACCAAUGUAUACACAGUGUGUGGAACACACCUCGACUCUGGCUGGUGUCUGGACAAGGGAAUUUACUGCAGGGAAGAGUGCAGCCAGCAGCUGGGGGUGACAGCCAAACCAGGAGACAAAGCUGGAGAGCAGGGAUUUGACCCCAACCGAGUGCUGCAGACUGGUACAUUCGAAGGUCCAGGACUACAUGCUGAGGGACGCACUAAAGCUUGGGGCAGCUACCACCAAGGCACGGAGGAAUUAACCAUAAUUGCCCCAUUGGUGACUGUGGGGGACUUGAGCUGAUGGUUACCUAGCAACCCUCUCUGGACUUGGUUUCUGUUUUACAAACCGAGGGAAUCAAAAGAAACAGAAACUCAAUACCUCCAGUAAAGCACUCUCUUGCUCAGUUGAAGUUCUUGGGAACCUGAUAAAUUUCCCACACCUCAGUAUUUGGACUAACUUACCAACCCAAAUGAAGCCUUAUUUUGCGGAUCUUCCACUAGACUUUACAAAUUGAUUUUGUCGAUUUUAAAAAAAAACAAUACAAUUUGCAGUAAUCUCACAGUCCAUCGUUUCAGAAUGUAUUGGCCAAUCGCAGCAAAAAUCCUUGGAGAAACACAGUAGGUCUGGCAGCAUCUGAAAAAACACUGACACUGUUUUUGUGGAGAAAUGUGAUGGUAUGUGUUCUUAAAAGUG